AUGGCACAUGGCGACCUCUUCGGAUGCACCAGUAGACCUCCACUUCCUCUUGUGGAGAGCAUCACUUUGGCUGAUAUCCCCAACAAUUUCGACUUUGUCACUGUCCUCACACAAGUCUAUCGGCGUCUUCGCGUGACAGAUCUUCCAGGCGGCUUGGACUUUGCUACCACUGAAGGGACUGCCGGUGUAUUUGUCACCUUGACCGGUGGUGCAUCUGGAGCGACCAAGCAAGGCCCAGCGGCAGUUGACUCAGAGCCCACACCAUCUUCCCCAGCUCCCACAACAUUCAAUUUUGGCUGGACUCGGUCCAUUGCCACAGAGAAGCCGCCAGUUCAGGCAUCUCAACCAUUCAACUUUGGAAUGAAUGUGGAGAGUGAGAUUCUCCCCUCACUGCCCUCGCCGCAGGAUGUCCGGCACACCCGCCGUAGCUGUUCCAACACUCCCGACAAUGGAGUGCCAGCAUCAGUGAUCCCUCUCAAGAGACCCAUGUCUCCGCCGCUGCCCUCAACUCCUCCUCAGGCACCGGCGGCCGAACAUACAGCCAAGUUCAACUUCGGCUGGAAACAGCCACCUUCAACAACAGCGGCUGUUGCUACCCAUGUUGGAUUAAACACCAUUCUAGCAUUCCAGUUCACCGCCGUGCCACAAGCAGCACUGGUGCCGAUGGCAAUACCGGCGCCUAACAUAGCCGCUGUGCCAGAGGCAGCACCGGCUCCCGAGUCAGACCCUUACACACCAAAGGCCUUGCCGAACUGGGAGGGGCGCCUUAUUGGCGACGCUGAGAAGGCUGCCAUUGACAUUGUGAAAUGGCUCAAUGGGGAUGAAUUUGAUCGACUCGCCCAAACAAUGCUGGGUAGCCUCAUUAGGCCCGGUGAUGAUGUCCAAGAUCCCAUGCCAGAAGAUGUCUUGGACAGCAACUGCGCUGUAUUAUCGGUGUUCUGUGAGUCCAGAGAUUGGUUGACUAGGAUCUUCAAGGAUCUUAUCACCCUUCAUCAUGCAUCUGAGCACCACAUAUGCCAGAUUUCGUUCAUGGACUCUCUUGCAAAUGAGGUUGAGACAGCAGAGAGGACCGCCGGUAGUCAGUAG